AUGUCGCACAUCGAGACUGAAGAGGGGGUGCAAAUCAUGAUCCAGGAGUGCGAGUAUGUAGGGAACACAGGCCAAGCCAUCUCUUCAGACUUACAUAACUUGCAGCCAAUGGACAUGGAGGAGGAAUCUACUGAAAUAUACCUCUUAGGAUCUGGCCAACACUAUUCCGUGAACACCAGUGCAAUUACACAUGAUCAGAUGGAAAGUGAUUUAAUGCACGGAACAACUACAGACCAGUUGCUUGCUAAGGAGGAUGGUGCCUACAUUACACAGCAAGAUGUCGAUCUAAAUAAGGUCCAUACCAUCACUGCAACACACUCAGUCACCGCUGACACUUCAAUGCCCGAUGCUGAAUGGUAUUUGCAGAACUUUGAAUUACCUCCAAAACAGAUGAAGAGUGAUUUAACGCACGGAACAAUUACAGACCAGUUGCUUGCUAAGGAUAGUGGUGCCUACAUUAAACAGCAAGAUGUCGAUCCAAAUACGGUCCAUACCAUCACUGCAACACACUCAGUCACGGCUAACACUUCGUUGCCCAUUGAUGAAUGGUUGUUCCAGAACUUUGACUUUUCUCCAAAUCAGAUGGAAAGUGAUGUAAUGCAUGGAACAACUACAGACCAGUUGCAUGCUAAGGAGAGUGGUGCCUACAUUAAACAGCAAGUUGUCGAUCCAAAUACGAUCCAUACCAUCACUGCAACACACUCAGUCACUGCUAACACUUUGUUGACCCCUGAUGGAUGGUUGUUGCAGAACUUUGAAUUAGCUUCAGACAUGAGCCUUCCUCGUUCUACAGUGUACAAACUUUACCUCCAUCACUGUAAUGAAGACAAAUUAAAACCUCUUAUUCCACAAUUGCUAGGGAAGAUCAUCAGCAGAGUUUUUCCUCAGCUGAAAACCAGAAGAUUUGGUAAAAGGGGUAAUAGCAAAUACCACUAUUAUGGGAUCCGUCUAAUUCCUGGAUCAGCAGCGAGUAAACUGGCAGAAGAAAACGACUUAGUUGAUUGGCAGCAAAAACCACAGAGAGGCCAUAAAUUCCAGUCCCGCUCAGGUGGUGGGACUGGCAUUCUGAAAAUGGGAAACAAAUAUGAGCAAAAUGCAAACAGUUCAGUCAGCUUGUGUCACUCCAAUUCAUUACAACACGACCCUCAUGAACACCUGUAUCCAGGUGACCUACCAGAAGCAAUACCCAACUUUCCAGAUAUAGAAUUUCCUGUAGACCUACCUGAGGACUGCACACUUGAAGAUUUGGACACAUUUCGUUGUAUCUACAUAGAACACUGUGCGGCCUUUGUGAAUUCAGUUGUGAACUUAAAAUUCAACACUGUUGAGAGUUUGUGGAGAGAAUUCUGGCAAAGUCAGGAUAAUAACAACGGUGACGAAUGUGACAAGGAGAAAUAUUUGCCCAAAAGAAAGCUGUAUCUCUUAUGCAAGUGUGGGCCAGUUCAACAAUUUGUCUGGCGUGUGGAUUGCCAGUUCCAUCAGAUUGCAGUCGACAUCCUCAUUCCUAAUAUUCUUGUGCCAAUUCCAAGUUCAGUAAUACAGUCAAUUCAAAACUUUGCAAAUGGACUUGAAUCGUGCCUAAAAAGAGCCAUGACAAACUGUCCUGAGGAAAUGGUGCACAUCAAAGUCUCUGCUAUGAGUGUCUUGGCACAGACGUUAUGGCGCUACAGCUCACUAAACCAUCUGGCUCAAGCUGUACAUCAUGUUCUUCAGAACUAUUCACUGAGACACCAGAUGCUGGUUGACCUCAAUCAAGUUGACUUUUGCAAAAUACAAGCCCAAGCAUCAUGGGUAUGUCAGUGUGAUGAUAGUAUGGUACAACUGGAGGUUGUCUUCAAAAAGAUACUGCAUGAGCAGAAUUCAUUAGAGCAAUGGUCAGCCUGGUUGGAGGGUGUCAUUUCACAGGUGCUGAAACCAUAUGAAGGAACACCCAACUUUGCGAAGGCCGCAAGACAGUUCCUACUCAAAUGGUCAUUUUACAGUUCAUUGGUUAUCAGAGACAUAUCACUCAGAAGUGCAGCAAGCUUUGGCUCCCUUCAUGUGAUCCAUCUACUAUAUGACAAAUAUAUAUUCUUCAUUAUUGAGCACAAAGUGGCUCUGGAGACAGGGAACACUCCUAUUGGAGUAAUGGGAGAAA